GUUUCUAGCUGCAAUUCCUUUUCCACAAUCUUCAAGCUUGUGUGUACUUGAGCUUCCUAGAACUUCUUAUCUUGGUCUUUCGAUAACAUGCCAUAAGCAAUUUACUGUUACUAUCAAUUUUUUUGAAGACAGCUCGGUGAUUGUUCUUUUGAGCUGCAAACUGCCACACUAUUUUUCUUCUGCGCCAAUGUGAUCUUAAUGACUUUUUUCUUUCAUUUUUGCAUGAGAACUGAUUUGAAAGCUUGCACAGACUUGCUUCGAGGUUGCAAGGUUGGUGAUUCACCCCCGAAAGUUCUCUAUAGGGAAUGUUUUGUUGUUUGAGGAGGAUACUGAUUUCAAUGCCAUAUCACCUCUAUUCUCCGUCAUACACUGUACUGUGCCAUUGAGCUUUGAUGAGUUUUAGCAAGCACGAUUCUUGAAGCACAUCGGCAUUUGUGAGAUGGCCUGUAUCUUAUGAAUGUUCUUCUCAUCGAAAGUUCAUGCAGCGGGAUUACUUUUCCUCCGCCCACCCGCCGAUGGCAGCCGAGGAGCUUCGGGGAAGAACGCCCACAGUACGCGUCCACUUAUAGCGGUGGCACCACCGACCACCCACGCGUUCUCACGUGAUGCUAAAAUGACAGUUGACUUUCCCCGAGUCGGCUCACAUUUAGCUGUGUACUUGGAGCAGCGUCACCGGCCGAUGUCGCCGCACCGACGCGUUAGGGUUAUUUUACUCGAAGUGAAAGGACAUCCUUACCCCCAUCUGACACCGUUCCGUUUGGCGCCUCAUUGGGCAGAAGAACUCUUACCAUUGUAAGGGCAGUUCGGGUAGAGUUCCCGUCUCUCGUGAACCCCACCUCUGCCGUCCUCCCUCAAGAGAUGCCUUUUAAGAUGGCGCGAGAGCAUGCGACUAGGAUGGCGAAGCGCAAGUUUGGAUCGUCUGCUUCAAUGGCGUCGCCAAUCCCCUGCUUCCUCCUCUUCCUUUUCCUCUUCUCAGGAAGUGAGGCGCUCACGGUGGGUGUCAACUACGGGCAGAUCGCCAACGAUCUGCCGUCUCCCACCCGCGUCGCCGGCCUGCUUCGUUCCCUCAACAUCAGCAGAGUAAAGCUCUAUGACGCUGACCGGAACGUUCUUACUGCCUUCCACGAUACUGAUGCGGAGUUUGUGAUAGGAAUCGGCAACGAGAAUGUGUCGACGAUGACUGACCCAGGCAAAGCCCUGGCAUGGCUGCAACUCCACGUCCUGCCUUACCUUCCUUACACCAACAUCACCUGCGUUACCGUCGGGAACGAGGUGUUCAAAGGCAAUGACACCCUGCUCAUGUCGAAUCUUCUCCCGGCGAUGCAGUCCGUCCAUCAAGCUCUGGUCUCCCUCGGCCUUGAUAAGAAUGUGACCGUCGCCAGUGCUCAUUCCAUCGAUAUGUUGGCCAUCUCCUACCCUCCUUCCGCCGGCUCCUUCCGCCAGGAUCUCGCUGCGUACAUCCAACCCAUCCUCGGCUUCCACUCCAUCACCAACUCGCCCUUCCUCAUCAAUGCCUACCCCUUCUUCGCCUACAAGGAAAACCCGAGCACGAUCUCGCUGGACUACGUCCUGUUCGAGCCCAACUCGGGAGUCACCGAUCCCAACACCAACCUCAACUACGACAACAUGCUGUAUGCUCAGAUCGAUGCGGUUUAUUCCGCCAUGAGAGCGUGGGGGCACACCGACAUCGAGGUCAGGAUUUCCGAGACCGGGUGGCCGUCCAGGGGCGACGACGAUGAGGUCGGAGCGACGCCGGAAAACGCCGCCAAGUACAAUGGGAAUUUGCUGCAGAGGAUAGAGAUGAAUCAAGGCACUCCUCUGAAGCCUUCGGUUCCUGUGGAUGUCUACGUCUUCGCACUGUUCAAUGAGAAUUUGAAGCCCGGACCGACCUCGGAGAGGAAUUAUGGCCUCUUUUAUCCCGACGGCACGCCUGUUUACAACGUUGGCUUGCGCGGCCAUCUUCCGUCCAUCGUCUUCUCUUCCAGCUCGCUGAUGAUGCCCGCUUUGAGGAUUGUGAUACUCGCGGUGGCAGCUUCGAUCUUAACCUGAAACCCACUUCUGCAACUGACGGGCGAAGUGGAUGCGGAGAUGGUGGUCGAGCAUCUCGCCAUCCACUGAAUCCACCGGACUGAUGAUGCAAGGUUCAGAAUCCCUUCCACGCUGCAUUUGUCUGUGUUCAGCCGUUCCGAGGGAUAACAGUAGCCACAAUUUCCUGGGAAGAAGGAGAAUUCCAACCAAGAUUCUUUUUCGGCAUCAACAACAACAACAAAAAGAACAUAUAGAAUCUGUUGCUCUUUUGUUCUAAUAAGAAUAAGAACAGCAUGUUGAAUCAAGCUCUGCAAGAAAGACUACCCAGUGACUGAGCUCAAUUUGCUUGUUGAUUCAUGUCAAUUUGGAUUGUCUUGUGUGAUAGAACUGAACAGGACCUACUGAGAUGAUCAACUAUUGCAGUGGACAACAUGAACAGGACCUACCAGUCACUGUCAUGUCUCUUGUGGUGCUCCACUGAUCCACGAUUGGAAUCCCAAGUCACUGCAGAACUUUUGUCUCACCACACGACAGUUUGGGAUUAGAAAUAGCUGGAAGAUGUGAUGCUAACUUGUUAUCAUGAAAAUAACAUGACACAGAUUUCUCAUGUUCAUCAGCAUGAAUUACUAGGAAGUCCAAAAGCUGUUUAAUAGAGUGAUCAAUUGAUGAUGGGUUUUCUUUGCCUUCUCUGGUGGAGGAAAGAGAAGAAAAGAGAAAGAGAACCCCUUUGAUGAUAUAUAUAUAUAUAUAUAUAUAUAUAUAUAUAUAUGUA